AUGAAGUUUGAAGAAACAAGCGAGAAGAAUCCGCAUAUACUGGAGGUUUUAAAGAAGGCUCUUCCAGAGAAACUAUCUUCUUCUAUGGAAAUAGAAGUAAGACUGGGCACUAUAAUGGACAAGUCAACACAGAAGAGACUUGCAGUGCGAGUCCUUCACCCAUGCAUUAUGGAAAGAACAGACACUCUGUGGUUUGAAGCCACAGUGUCAGAAAGUGACUUUCAUUUGCUGCAAGGUCACUUCUCUAAGAUGUUUGAGGAGUCUGAGAGUAAGCUAAUAAUUGACACAUUGCUGCACGGCAUGCGAAGAUCAGAGACAAAAGAGAUCAAUGGUGCUCCAGUGCAUAAAGAGUCGGUUAUUAUCAAAAAGAAGAAGAUGUUCUCUCUGGAUAUUUUCUGUCCGCAGAGUAAAUACGACCUUAGAAUUGGGCUAAGUGAGGAAAUUGUGCAGAAAGACACAAUUGGCAUGCAGGUCUCAGGAAAUGUGAGAGAAAAAAGAAGAACAACAUACACGCAUCCUUUGUUUGUAGUGGAUGUGACUGAAGUGAAAUCAAGAAGGGAGAGCACAGAUGUAAAGAACUCUACUCCUACAUUUGAGAUUGAGAUUGAGGCAAACAACAAAUCAUAUGACAGAAGCACCUUUAUACAUAUCGUAAAUAACUCAAUAGACAUUAUUAGGCACGCACUUGUCAAGAAGCCAUAG